UUCAUUACAGAAUGAGACUCGGAAGCUAGCGAACAUCCGUAUUCUCUCUCGUGCGUGCUGUGAGCUAGCUAGCGGAAGAGUCAGUCUCAUCGGUAUAAAACAAAGUCAAUUCUUAAACACGUUGCCGCGACACAGAUUUGUCGACCUUCAGAAAGGAAGCCGAUUUGAUCCGUCAUCUAACGGGAAGGAAACGGGGUUGAGUGGAGACUAAAAUGGAAAAGCAGUCGGUUGGAGGAGGAGAUAGCCCUGCGCUGCCGGGAGUACCGAAUCGAAACAACAAGCCACGAACGCUGACCAACUCUGGAUCGACACAGGCUAGCGUGGAGACAUUGGACAGUCCCACAGGUUCUCAUGUGGAGUGGUGUAAGCAGCUGAUAGCAGCCACCAUCUCCAUCCAGAUGUCAUCCAUACCCCCAGACACUGCAUCCAGAGACUUCAAGGUUGGGAGAAGGACAGAUCUCCCAAGGGUGUCCAAGAGGCCUGUUCUCAGGGCUCUCAGAGACGGAGCCAUGCAGGUCCAGAUGGAUGAGGUUCCACUGGUUCCGGGAGAGACCAUCAAGGCUGUGGCCAAGGAUGUGAUGUACAUCUGUCCCUUCACUGGCUUGGUGACAGGAACCCUCACCAGCACCGACUAUAAACUAUACUUUAUCAGCCUGGAGAGGGAUACUCCGUUCAUCUUGGAUGUGAACCUGGGAGCGAUCAGUCGUCUCGAGACCAUCAGUGUCCAGAGUCAUGGAGAGAACACACAGGGCAUGGAGAUAGUCUGUAAGGACAUGCGUAGUCCCAGGUUUGCCUAUAAGAAGGAGGACGCCAGCCAACCAGAGAUAGUGGAGGUUCUAACAAAACACACAUUCCCCCUAUCAAAUGGCCUGCCCUUGUUUGCAUUCCUGUAUAAGGAGAAGUUUCUUGUGGACGGAUGGAAGGUGUACGAUCCCAUAUCUGAGUACAAGAGACAGGGUCUUCCCAACGAGAGUUGGACCAUCAGUAAGAUGAACAGUAGUUAUGAGGUGUGUGACACCUACCCUGCCCUGCUGGUCAUCCCCACUAGCAUCAAGGACGACGACCUCAAACGAGUUGUGGCCUUCAGGGCCAGGCACCGCAUACCGGUAUUGUCAUGGAUCCACCCGGAGAGCCAGGCCACUAUAGUCCGUAGCAGUCAGCCUUUAGUGGGACCCUCUGACCGGCGCUGCAAGGAGGACGAAAGAUACCUCCAGACCAUCAUGGAUGCUAACGCACAGUCUCACAAACUCACCAUAUUUGACGCCCGACAGAGCAGCGUGGCAGACAACAACAAGGCUAAGGAUGGUGGUUAUGAGAGUGAGAGUUUCUAUCACAACGUAGAACUCAACUUCCUGGAGAUCCCCAACAUCCACGUGAUGAGGGAGUCACUGAGGAAACUGAAGGAAGUGGUCUACCCUAGUACCGAUGAGGCUCACUGGCACUCUGCAGUCGACCAGACACACUGGCUAGAGUACAUGCGGGUCCUCCUUGUGGGUGCAGUGCGUAUAGCUGACAAGCUGGAGUCUGGUAAAACCUCUGUGGUGGUCCACUGUAGUGAUGGGUGGGACCGGACAGCCCAGCUCACCUCUCUGGCCAUGCUGAUGCUGGACAGCCACUACCGCACCCUCAGGGGUUUCCAGGUGCUGCUGGAGAAGGAGUGGAUCAGCUUCGGACACAAGUUCGCCGCGCGUGUGGGCCAUGGGGAUGAGAACCAUGCCAACUCGGAGAGAUCACCUCUCUUCAUCCAAUUUAUAGACUGUGUCUGGCAGAUGACCCGACAGUUCCCUGCAGCAUUUGAGUUCAAUGAGUUGUUCCUAAUCACCAUUCUGGACCACCUCUACAGCUGUCUCUUUGGUACGUUCCUCUACAACAGCGAACAGGAGAGAGUCGCCAAUGAAGUCCAGACUAAGACAGUCUCUUUAUGGUCCUACAUCAACAGUCAACCAGAGGACUUCACCAACCCGUUCUAUGUGGACUAUGAGCACCACGUCCUUUACCCUCUGGCUAGUGUUAGACACCUGGAGCUGUGGACCGGGUAUUACGUGCGAUGGAACCCCCGUAUGAGGCCGCAGAUGCCAGUGCACCAGAACCUGAAGGAGUUGUUGUUCCUGAAAGCUGAGUUACAGAGGAAGGUUGAAGAGCUACAGAGAGAAGCAUCUUCAUCACACGGCUCUCUUUCCUCUUCAUCAGAACGCACAUCAUCACCGUCACACAGCGGGGGCACGCCCCUACACACCACCGUCUGAAUACAUUCACACACACACAACACCGUCUGAUACACACACACACACACACAACACCGUCUGAUACACACACAUACCCCUACCAACACGUUUGUCUUUGUGUUCCCCUAAUUUUUCACAUCAAGUGUUUUUAUCAUAGAGAAAAUAAGUACACACUUGUAACAAAGUUUUGUUCUUGGUUGUGUUCAAAUAAGAGAAAAGAUAUAUGGUAAUGUAAUUGUUGAAAGAAAUAUUACAGUAUUGAGAGAAAUGCACCAUAGUAUUUUGUUGAACGUUGAAAGUGUAAAUAUAAAUAGAUGUAACUAAUAUAUUUCUACCGACCAAAAGUAGUAUACUCUUUACGAAUGACAACAAUUUCUAAUUGAAUUCAUAUUUCAUAUUUCUAAACUAUCAACAGCACUUCUUAACUGCCACAUUCCAGUAAGCAUGUAUUAAUAAGCAUGUUAUAUCAACUCAAUGGCAGCCUAUUCCCUAUAGGGCCCGUUCAAAAGUAGUGCACUAUGUAGGGAAUAGGGUGCCAUUUGGAGUGUAGUCUGAAUAAGAUCUCUCUCUGUACUAACUUAACCUGAUCCAGCUGUGCCAUAACUAUUACUCUGUAAUAUAAUGUGCCCCCUCUUCCUGUCCGUCCGUUUAAUGUGCCCUGACUGGAGGUUUACCUUUGUAUGUUGUGUUCCUAUCAACACGUUCCAUUGAAAGUCUCUGUGCACUUGUUUUUUUACUCUGCAUUUUUAGGUAAUUUUUUUCUAUUCAAUGUGCGUUUCAUUUCUAUGCAAUGGUGAUAUCCAUAUGAUUUGUAUUAUAUCUUGUACUCUUGUUAUCUGUGGUAUUCCUUUGUGACUUUUCUUUCAUUGUGCUGAUGCCAAAUCCUCAUUUUAGGUUACCAUUUGCACCAAGAUGCUCUCCUUGCCCUCUGCCGACGUUAAUCAAUGGUAAUGUGGUCUGAGCUCGUAUCCCCAUUGUGGCUUUGAAGACACACAGCAGUAUUGCUGCAAUCCUAUGAUACCCAUAUCCUUUUCCUCGAGGAUUAGAUCAAUAUCAUUUAAGCCCAACUAACCUUAAUGUCUUCGACAUUAUGUAUGGUUCCUACUGUAUUAUGGUGGUUAUAACUGUUUCCUGUGUCAUGUGAUGGUUAUAACCACUGUUUCCUGUGUCAAGCUUAUGUUCUCAUUACUGUGCUGCAACUUCAUUGAACUCUUCCGUGGUAAAUGUGAUAUGUAUUUGUUUAUUUUCCAAUUAUUGUAACUUUUUUUUCUUUUAGUUAUUUUUUGGGUUGACAUGGUCAAAUAACUUAAGAAUCGAUUCGUAACAUAUUUUCUAUGUUGGCACACAGAACCUAGAGGCCAUGGGUAACUUGGUGUGUAAAAAGAAUUUAAAAAAUGGCACCAAUUGGCCUAUAGGUGGUGCUGUUAUAAACAGUCUCACUUACGCCCUCAUCCGUCGCCCCGUUUGAUCUAGAGACUUGAAACAUUGUAUGUAGGUGAACAAAUUUGCUUUAAGGACCCACAAGGUCAGGAUAGAUUUUCCUCCAUCUUGAAAAUGUACAAAUAACACCAAAUUCGGUAUGUAGGCCCAUCUCUUAACUUAGCUUGAGAAACGCUAAAGUACAUUGUGUCAAACUCAUUCCACGGAGGGCUGAGUGUCGGCAGGUUUUCGCUCCACCCUUGUACUUGAUUGAUGAAUUAAGGUCACUAAUUAAGGG